AUUUAAUUAAAUUAACGUAUCAUUAGGAAAUAUAUAACAGAAAAAUGUCUGCUGGGACAGAAUUAUUAUCCACAGCGGAACCACAUCUUAUUCCAGGAUAUGCCGGAUAUUGUCCUCAAUAUCGCUACAGAUGUGGUGAAACGUAUGGAAAUCUCACGCACAAAGUGCUUCUUGAUCCUACAGUGAAUCAUGCCGAGACCCUUAUUUUAUCGAACCGUAUCCCCGACGAUUACGAGGUCCAGAGACCACCGAAAAAUGACAUAGACGUAGUAAAUGCUAGAUACAAAAGGACCGAUCCUAUAUUUAUUCAUCCUAUAAUACCAAGUUACGAAGGAUUUACUCCAAAACUAAAAGCCAGAAAUGGACAAAGAUACACGGUGUUGGCUACAGAAGGACUUGCCGAAUUUGAACGACAACAAUUAAGAAACAGAGCGGCUCUUAAUGAACUUAAACGAAUUAUAGAUAUACAAGCUGGACAGGGUGAACCAAGAAAUUUAGAAGAUCGUUUGCUCAUAAAAAGUGAGUUUAAACUGCCUAUGCUAACAGUUCGACCUGAUUGCGUGGGUGUAACGAGGAAUUUAUUUUUGGACGAACAACACGAAACACCCAGCGAUCACUCUCCAUCCCCUUACUUUAUGGACAAUGCAAAUCCGCAAAAAUACUUUAUCAGUCGAUACGGGGGUCAUAUACCAUACGGAUAUGCGCAUUUUGGAAAAACAAACAUUCCAGCUACUAAUAGCGCCCUUUGCGAUUUUACAUCUGAUUAUCGAAAACGACAAAGUACAGAAUGGGCACCAGUAACAAUUUCACGACCUGAUCCACCUCUAUUAAUUCAACCUACUACUAUUUACCACAAACAUGUUGGUAUGCUUCCAAAUUAUCUUGGACAUGUUCCUGGAGAAACAUUCAGAUUCGGCAAAACUUUUGGAGCUGACACUAAAGAUGCGAAAAGAUGGCUCCGUGGUGAUUUCUCUGAAUAAAAUAUAAAAUAUAAGAAAACAGUUUUAUGCAUAAUAAAAAUUUAAUACAAGAAAA